CUCUCACUGCUCUUGUGAAGUUGAGUAUGUAUGUGUGUUUGCAUGUGCAGUGUGUGUGUGUGAGGGUGUUUAUGCCCCUGUAUUUGUUUGUCGAAGGUUAUUGUUGGAGCCAGGAGAUGCUGCUCUGCAGGGUAAGGAAGCUGUGCUCUGAUUGGCUGCUGACAAACAGUGACAUCCUCACUGGCUGCUAUAAGAGUCCAACUGAUAGUCAGGAGCACAUUUAGUCUACAGUGUGUUCAGCCGGGAGUGCUGUGUGCAUGUAAAUGAAACAAAGAUAGACAAAAUGAGCCUGUAAUUAAGAGUGAAACAUAUAGAGCACACUCAAUGUGAGAACACUAUGUGAGACCAGAACACUUUCUAAGAGAAACACAAUUCAAAAGGAUUAUUUUUGGAUAUCUUACGGGAGUCCAUGAAGAGUGGAAUUAAGUUGGACGACUCUAAAACACUCUCCUGAUUUUUAGUCAAAGCUCAUGGAGGGAGAGGAUACGUUGAGCACGGAGAACACCUCCCUGCCCAUGAAUGUUUCAGCCGGGCUGAACGAUUCUUCUCCGGUGUCUUCACCUGGCUCAGACUAUAGUGAUGUAGAGGUGGUGAUAAUUAGCAUCUUAAUGGGGCUUCUGGUUCUAGGCAUCGUUUUUGGCAAUGUGCUGGUCAUCAGCGCCAUUGUACGAUUCCAGCGUUUGCAGACGGUCACCAACUACUUCAUCAGCUCCCUUGCCUGCGCCGAUCUGGUCAUGGGCCUCAUGGUGGUGCCAUUCGGAGCCUGCUACAUCCUUCUCAACACGUGGCACUUCGGAAACUUCUUCUGCGAGUUUUGGACAGCUACGGAUGUGUUAUGCGUGACCGCUAGCAUCGAGACGUUGUGCGUGAUCGCCCUGGACCGGUACGUUGCGAUCAUGUGGCCUCUACGCUAUCAGUCGAUGCUUACGAAGCGGAAGGCCUGCGGGGUGGUCCUAGGGGUGUGGGCGGUGGCUGCCCUUAUCUCUUUCCUGCCCAUUCACAUGGAGUGGUGGGUGUCAGAUGAACCUGACGCAGUGCGCUGCUUGGAGAACCCCACCUGCUGCGACUUCAACACGAACGCCGCCUACGCCGUGACCUCCUCCAUCAUCUCCUUCUACAUCCCGCUGGUCAUCAUGGUAUUUGUGUAUAGCCGGGUCUUCCAGGAGGCCCGUAGACAGCUUCAGAAAAUUGAUCGCAUUGAGGGGCGCAUACGCACACAGAGCUUCAGCACCCAGGAGGGGAAUGAGGUGAAGAACCGGAGGACCAAGUUCUGCAUGAAGGACCACAAAGCUCUGAAGACCUUGGGGAUCAUCAUGGGAACCUUCACCCUCUGCUGGCUGCCGUUUUUCGUGCUUAACGUAGUGGCGGCCAUCUGGAAGAUGGACAACAUCAUGUUGCCUUUCAGGAUCUUGAACUGGAUCGGCUACGCCAACUCCGCCUUCAACCCCCUGAUCUACUGCAGGAGUCCUGAGUUUAGAAACGCCUUUCAGGAGAUCCUGUGCUGGAGAACUUCUCGUCUACCCUCCACAAGGAAUAACAAGGGAUAUAUCUACAGCGGCCACAGCUGGCAAGUCCACAAGAAGACCACCAGACAACGAGAGCCCUCACCAGCUUGCGAAACAGAAAUGGGUGUCGACUGCUUGACUGCAGGCACCAAAAACACAAAUGGGAAUUGUAAUAAAGCUGUGAUGCCCAACAUUUAGCCAGUUUUGAACAUUUGGAUAUUCUCUUCAUAUUCCCUGGAGCACUGGAGAUAUUUCUGGUUGCAGCCACUUUUGUCUGUGACAAAACAUGGUUUUUAGAUGUUUUAGCCUUUUGAAACAAGAAGGUCUAUUGUCAUAUUGUGAUACUUGUAUUGAGUCAGAACAAAUGGAAAUUAAGUAACUUCUGUUUUUGGACAAAUGAGGAAAGAGAGAGGGUUUGAAAGCCAAGACAAUCUACCUCUGGAUUCCAUUUACUACCUCGAGACACUUUUCACGUCUCAACUGAAACCUGCAUGGAUAGUUAAUUCAUAAUUUAUUCAGAAAUGCCUCAACUUACAAACCGAGAGUCUAGAUUUGUAGUGGAUUGCAGAUCUUAAAGAGCAUCAGAGGGGUGUCUUAUAGCAGACAGACUUGUUACAUUCCGUUAAGAGCUUGGGCUUCUCCAGUCAGAGGAAAUAUAACCCUCUGAUGAGGGCCAACAGGUGCACAUUGCCGUCUGUGCUAUAACCAGCUGUUCUUGUCGAAAGGAAAAAGUGAAGGAGCCAAGCAGUUCUCUCCAGCCCAAGCACUUCAACCUUCCCCCGUUAACAUUUCCACUGGGAAAUCAUUUUAAGGUUACAGCUGAAGCUGUAUCUAUAAAGGGUCAUGUUUAUAAAAGUAAGUACGCAAGUCUACAUUUGUAGGCUGGGUGGCACAAUAUUGAUGAUAUAUUUAACAUGUCACUAUACGUCUAAUAAAGGUGCCAAUAAAUCUCAAUGCUAUUUAAAUGUUGAGUAUGUAAAUCUUGAUGCUAUAUCAGCAUCCUAAUUUCAGGAAUACAACUUCUGGCAUCUAAUUUAUGGGGGUGGGUUGUGUUUGUACUGUUUACAGAUUCCUGAACAAACAGUCCUUUGGGCAAACGGCACAAGCUCACCUGAUAUUGAUCUGACGGUUGUUUAUUUCCAUCUGUUUAGUUUUAUAUAAUAGCCCGGGCAAUCCACUUGAUUAUGACAGAUACACUGCUGGAAGAUAUCUGACAUUACAAAAAGCUGACAAAUGUACGUUUACGCAAUGGCCCAGUGUUGGUGUCAUUGACAGCACGUUUGCUCAUAUACAGGGACAGUGUUUUGCUCUUUGAGCCCCCUUCCUGUGUAUGUGCACACACACACGCGCGCACACACACACACACACACACACACACACACACACAUGCGUAUGUCAUAAGAAUUUGAGGAAGACAUAAAGACAGCUUAUGAGGCUGUAUAGACCUCAGUCGAUCAUUGUAGCACCAUAUUUAUUUUUUGCCAGGAAUAAAAACAAGGUUGUGAUGAAUAGAAGUACAGUGUGUUCAAAGAAUUGUAGUCUUAAUUAACAACUGGGUCAUUUUUAGGCUGACGAAAGAUAUGUCCAAAAAAAAUUGGUAGAAAAAAAACUCCAUAAAACAGUUUUGAAAGCUGUGAGUUUUGAAAAUUAUGAUCCAGGCCCUAUAUGCAGUACAUGCUAUUGCAAAGACUGUAAAUCUAUGCUCACACAACCUCAUUUUCAUCCACAUAAAAUUCAUUAUGGUGAGUUUACACAGACUAAGGUCUAUUCCAGGUCUAUUUAUAUGUUGUUAUGCUGUUAAUAUACACAGAUGUUUGAAAUACAACAAAAUAUUAAUAUAUAAAAUUAAUAUAAUAAAUAGUAAUUAUAAAUUGUAGAAAUAUAUACAAGCAUGAAGUAUUUCAAAUGUCCAUCUUGGAUUGUUUUUGUGAAAUACGUUCUUUGGGAUAAAAACUGGAAGCUUGAAUCUCUUUUAUUAUGUGAAGCAUUUAGGGUGUUUUGUUGUUGGUACUGUAGUAAUGAACACAUCAUGCUUCUCAUGUAAGGUAUUAGUCAAACAUCAUCUUAGGCACAUUUUGUAUGAAGUAUUUACUACAUUGAUGGACAAAGCAGUAUGUGAAUGUAGCCUACUAUAUUACUGUGUUUUGACAGCACAUUUCUGAAAUGGUAUCUGCUUAGUUUGUGUCAUUCCACGAAACAAAUGAUCUUGUUUGCCAAGUGCAAAUGUUUCCUCUAUGCUACUUUUACCACAAAAAGUGUUUUGUUUUAAGGUGUAUUAUUUUUGUUUAUUUAUUUUUGUAUGUCCAACCAGCUGCUUAAUGUACAAAGUGACAAAAUAAACAUGGUGGUUUGUAA